AAAUUCCAAUAGUCUAUAGAUAAUACACAUUAAAUGAACUUCAUUUAAAAUAGCCAAACUCGAUCACAUCCAUCGCUACAUGAUUUCCGUUGAAAGUUAUCAUAAGCAUGUCUGUAUCAUCAGACUAUAAAUUGGCGAAAAUUAAAAUCAUUUGGAGUAACCAGAAGUAUUUACUGAAAGAAUUCGUGGAGAGUUUCAAUCUCCCUCAAGUAGUCUUAGUGAAGGAUGGUUACUGUGGCGAAGAUGAAAGAACGACAUUUGGCAAAGAUCAAAUUUUGACACUACAUCAACUUCGGGAAACCAAUAAAAUCGUUUGUCAAACAGCAAAAGGAAAUGUCAUACUUUUGCCGUCAAAAAGUGAAAUCAAAGCACAAGUGCUGCCAAUGAAUUUCAAGAAUGUAAACACAACAGCAAAGCAAUUAAUUGAAACAUAUAAAACGAUAAAAUAUCUACGAGUAUCAGAUGUUGGUACGAACUUGAGCGAUGAUCCGAAAAAUUUAUUUCAACCAAACGAUACUCUUGAAAUAAUCGAGUCGAAUUCAGCAGGAAUCAGGUGCAGAAAUUUAUCAGCCAAUUACGACUCCUUUAUACCGUCACGCCACUUAGCUAAGUUUGUCCCUCUGUCAGAACCAGACCUCUAUACUUUAGCAGAGAUUAAAGCAAAGUAUGGUUUUCCAGCCAAGAUAUGGUUUCCAGACAAGAAAGAUAGCAGUAUAAUCUUUUUAUUCCCUGGUUCGAAACACUCCACGACAAAUUUGUGUAGCUUGGGUCAACUGACAGUUGUUGAAGAAAUCCAAGAAAACGAUGUAAUUGCGACAACAGUUUGUUCGAGCGUAGAAGAAAAGAUUUGUGUGAACGUUCCAAUUGACCUCGACAUCAAAGUUACAGUGGCUGAAGGAUUUCUCAAACGUAGCCAAACGUACGCGAAGGUUGUUCAAACCUUAGACAAAGAGUUGAAAAAAUCUGAUCUCAAAGCAUUCGAUGACCUGGACGUGUAUCAACACGUGCAUGAAGUUAAGAAACAGAUAAAGGAACGAGGCAAAAGGUUUUCUGUCAAAAAAGCACCUUCGGAAGUUGCCGAACAUGCCCGUCAGCAAUUGCAAAUACACGAGAAAAUGAAACAAUCAUCAAAGAUAGACGAAACGCCUAAAGUUCAACAUCGACUAUCAAUAAGUUUCGACAACAUUUUGACAAAGAUUUCACCAAAAGUACCAAAAAAAUCACAAACAAUGAUGAGCAAGCAACAAACACCAGAAAAACAUGGACCACGCAGUAGUCCAAAAAAUUGGUCGAGACCAGGAAAUCCGUAUGAUUUAGAAAAAGGAAAUGGCGGUAAAUCUGCUAUCCAAACAAUCCCUUUACCACAAGUACCAUCAAAAAUGCCCAAUUUAUCCCCAAAAUCCACAUCAAAUGCCAUGAAAGAAAAUGAGGAAGAAAUUUUGUACGAGGUUAUGUCAUCACCUAAAAUCCGACAAAAUGAAAACGACAGAGAAUCAAUAUACGAGGCAAUGUAUCGCUAUCCUCAAGAUUUAUCCAGUUUAAGUGUGACAGACGUCAGUCAAUUACUGGAAUACUUAGAAAUGAAAGAUUAUGUUAAGAAAUUUGAAAAAGAAAUGAUCGAUGGAUCAUUGUUGAAAACAAUGGAUAAAGGGACUCUGGACGCUUUAAACGUAGAUAAAUUUCAUAGUAGGAAGUUGUUGGAAUUUAUUGGUGGUUGGCGUCCUAAACCUGGUAAAUCAUCAAAAACUCUUUAAAAUAGUUAUGUGUGUUUCAUAGUAAAACUAGUUUUAUCAUACACUUGAUGAGAGUGUCUUAGCAAUCACUUAGUGCUAUAAUUGUGUGAUAUAUUACAGUAGAUUUCUGAAAUGUACAAUGAUUGAAUUUCCUCUGGCGCGUCAAUCGCUAUUUGAUUAAUAUUUAUUCAAACUGCUGAGAUAAGUUGAUUAUCAUAAUUUGAAUGUAUAUUUUUUCUUUUAUACCUUUUUAAACCAGCAAUCAAAUGAGCAGGUUCAUCAGAUUAUUUUCAGGAGUGCUCAAAUUAACACAAAUAGUUGUGAUCUCGGUGUUAAGUAAUAAUGUUAAAUAAAGAUUACACAUUGUCCA